AAAGCGGUCUCCACCCCGCAACCAGGGAAGGGCAAAGUAGCCGGGCAGAAUCACUACCCAUUCAGCUUGGUGUAGUCUGAGCAGACGGAGUCCCUGGACCCGGCGCGGCACGAUGUGGCUUUGGCUGGUGCUGCUGGCCGUGCUGCUGGCGGGCCUCCGCAAAGUUUACCUGGGGCUGUCCGCCGGCAGCUCCCCGAACCCCUUCUCCGAGGAUGUCAAGCGGCCACCGGCGCCCCUGGUGACCGACAAAGAGGCCAGGAAGAAGGUUCUCAGACAAGUUUUCUCAGCCAGCCAGGUGCCAGAGAAGCUGGAUGUGGUGGUGAUUGGCAGUGGCAUUGGGGGCCUGGCUGCAGCUGCAAUCCUGGCUAAAGCUGGCAAGCGAGUUCUGGUGCUGGAGCAGCAUGCCAAGGCAGGGGGCUGUUGUCACACCUUUGGAAAGAAUGGCCUGGAAUUCGACACGGGAAUCCAUUAUAUUGGGCGCAUGCAGGAGGGCAGCACUGGCCGAUUUAUCUUGGACCAGAUCACGGAAGGGCAGCUGGACUGGGCUGCCAUGUGCUCUCCUUUUGACAUUGUGGUACUGGAAGGGCCCAGUGGCCGAAAGGAGUUCCCCAUGUAUAGUGGGGAGGAAGCAUACAUCCGGGGCCUCAAGGAAAAGUUUCCCCAGGAAGAAGCAGCCAUUGACAAAUAUAUGAAACUGGUUAAGGUGGUUUCCAGCGGAGCCAUUCAUGCCAUCCUGCUCAAGUUCCUCCCGUUGCCCUUGGCUCAGCUCCUCAGCAGGUGCAGGCUGCUCGUUCGUUUCUCUCCAUUUCUCCGUGCGUCCACACAGAGCCUGGCUGAGGUCCUGCAGCAGCUGGGGGUCUCCCCUGAGCUCCACGCAGUGCUCAGCUACAUCUUCCCCACUUACGGGGUGACCCCCAGCCACACCACCUUUGCCAUGCAUGCUCUGCUGGUUGACCACUACGUCAAAGGAGGAUUUUACCCCCGAGGGGGUUCCAGUGAAAUCGCCUUCCACAUCAUCCCCGUGAUUGAGCGGGCAGGGGGUGCUGUCCUCACGAAGGCCACCGUGCAGAGCGUGCUGCUGGAUUCAGCUGGGAGAGCGUGCGGUGUCAGUGUGAAGAAGGGGCCACAGCUGGUCAACGUCUAUUGCCCCAUUGUGAUCUCCAGUGCAGGGCUGUUCAACACCUAUGAGCAACUACUGCCGGAGAGCGCCCGCUCUCUGCCAGGUGUGCGGCAGCAGCUGGGGAUGGUGCGGCCUGGGCUGGGCAUGUUCUCUGUCUUCAUCUGCCUGCGGGGCACCAAGGAGGAGCUGGGUCUGCAGUCCACCAACUACUAUGUUUAUUUUGACACCGACAUGGACAAGGCGAUGGAGCGCUACAUCUCCAUGCCCAGGGAAAAGGCUGCAAAUCACAUCCCCCUUCUCUUCAUUGCUUCCCCAUCAGCCAAGGACCCGACUUGGGAGGACCGAUUCCCAGGUGGGACUAAAGACCGGUCCACGAUGAUCGUGCUGGUGCCCAGCGCCUUCAAGUGGUUUGAGGAGUGGCAGGAGGAGCCGAAAGGAAAGCGGGGCCCUGACUACGAGACCCUCAAAAGCGCCUUUGUUGAAGCCUCUAUGUCGGUGGUCAUGAGACUGUUCCCACAUCUGGAGGGAAAGGUGGACAGUGCGAUUGGAGGAUCCCCACUGACCAAUCAGUUCUACCUGGCUGCUCCCCGGGGUGCCUGCUAUGGGGCUGACCAUGACCUGGGCCGCCUACAUCCUCACGCGAUGGCCUCCUUGAGGGCUCAAAGCCCCAUCCCCAACCUCUACCUGACAGGCCAGGAUAUCUUCACCUGUGGGCUGAUGGGGGCUCUGCAAGGGGCCCUGCUGUGCAGUAGUGCCAUCCUGAAGCGGAACCUGUACUCAGACCUCAAGGAUCUUGGCUCAAGGAUCCAGGCCCAGAAGAAGAAGAAUUAACUUGGUCAGAGAAGAGUCAGAAGAAUUUGGCCACUGGAAACGCACAUCCUUUGACUUGCCUACAGUGCCUUUGUGCAUUAGCUCCUUGCACACGUAAAGCACUCUGAUUUGUUUGAUUUCCGACAGAGGCCCCAUGUAACUCACAGCUCUUAAACUGAAGCUCCUCGAGCCGGGCACGUAAUGAUCUUUUAUAACACACACUGUCCCUGCCAACAGCCUGCUUGGGACCACUGCUGCAAACAUUUUUUUUUUUUUUAACAGAUUUAUUUAUUUAUUUGAAAGGCAGAGUUACAAAGAGGCAGAGGCAAAGAGAGAGAGAGGUCUUUUAUCUGCUGGUUCACUCCCCAAAUGGCCACAAUAGCCAGGAGCCUGGAGCUUCUUCCAGGUCUCCCACGUGGGUGCAAGGGCCCAAGCACUUGGGCCAUCUUCUUACUGUUUUCCCAGACUAUAGCAGAGAGCUGGAUCAGAAGUGGAGCAAGGACCGGCACUGUGGCAUAGCAGAUAGAGCCGCCGCCUGCAGUGCCAGCAUCCCAUAUGGGCACCGGUUCGGGUCUGGCUGCUCCACUUCCAAUCCAGUUCUCUGCUGUGGCCUGGAAAAGCAGUGGAAGAUGGCCCAAGUCCUCGGGCCCCUGUACCUGUGUGGAAGACCCAGAAGAGGCUCCUGGCUCCUGAUCGGCGCAGCUCCGGCCAUUGUGGCCAGUUGGGGAGUGAAUCAGUGGAUGGAAGACCUCACUAUCUCUCUGUACCUCUCCUCUCUCUGUGUAACUCUUUCAAAAAAAAAAAAAGUGGAGCAGCUGGGACUCGAACCAGUGCCCAUAUGGGAUGCUGGCAUUGUAGGCAGCGGCUUUACCCACUACACCAUAGUGCUGGCCCAGUUUUGAUGCCUCACCCUGAGCAUGCUCUUUUGCAUCCUUUGCACCUGCCCCAGAACUGAACAAUCACAGUGAAUAUUCUCUGGGUCAAGUGGGUAGAGUCCCUGAAGCUGAAGUUCAGCUAAAGCAGGUUGGCUGCCUUCCUCUCAUUCACUUGAAGUUCUACAGUCGAGGAAGGGUAACUAAGGGGUUUUAGUAAAACCCUGAGCUUGCUUUUGGCUGUAGUGUCAUAGUUCAGAGGGCCCCAGUUCCCACAUUCCUGGUCUCAGUGGCUCUCUGAGGACAGGAGGGGUUGGCGUUGUGGCAUACAGGUCUAAGCACCCCAUAUGGGCACCUGUUCGUGUCCCCACUGCUCCACUUCUAAUCCAGCUCUCUGCUAAAGCACCUGGGACAGCAGCAGAAGAUGGCUCACGUGCUUGGGUCCCUGCAUCCAUGUGGGAGACAAGGAUGGAGUUCCUGGCUCCUGGCUUCAGCCUGGCCCAACCCCAGCCAUUGCAGCCAUUUGGGGGAAUGGACCAAUAGAUGGAAGACCUCUCUGUAUCUUUCUGUAACUUACUGCCAAAUAAAUAAAAUAAAUCUUAAAAAAAAAAAUAGGACAGGAAACACCUGUGAUAGGGUCCAUCUGUGAUAGGGUCCAUGUGGUUCUGGAGAUAGGGGUCCCACUAGUUAGCAAGGUGUUAUGUUAGAAUAUGCGGUUUGUAUGCAGCCACGCCUCAGCUUCGUCUUCCUUUUGGUGGGGGUGCCAGUGACAAAACACCCUCAGGAAGCUCAGAACCCAAGCCUUAAGCCUUAUCUUCUAAAACACGCAGGGAAGGGGGAUGUCAGUCAUCUAUGCUGGGGUUAAAGCAGACUGGAGGAACAUUCCAGGCCGAGGGCACAGCACAGGACAGUACCGAGGCAGAGAAUGCACUGUGACAAUGCGCCAGCUACCACCUCAACUACAAAACAGGCUCCCAGGCAGGGGAGAGUGGGGGUGGGGGUGGAGAGUCAGAACCGGAAUACAGAAAGCCACAGAAUGUGUUCAAAGCCCAGGAUUGGCCAGAAUACAAGGCUGAUAAUCCCUUCCCCAAGAAGCUUGGGACUUCGGAAUAUUUUCAUAUUCCAAACGAGAUCUAAUGUGCUAUCCUGGGGAUGGGAUUCAAGUCUAAAGAGAAAAUUUAUUUAAAUUUCAGACAUACAUUGUUUACAUAGCUAAAUAAUUAUAUAUAAUAUUUUUAAUAAUUUUGUGCUUGAAACAAAAUUUCACAGUCUAGAAUUUCUCACUUGUGGUUUUCAUGUCAGUGCUCAGAAAGUUUCAGGUUUUACAACAUUUUGAAUUUUUGGGUUAGGAAUGCUCAAUCUGUAUGAAGUUUGGAUAGGAAGGUGAAUAAAGGCUAAAGGUUAAGAAAAAUGACCUCUGCUUGUGUUAAACCAAAGUACUAAGGGCCUUAUUCUAGCCCAUUUUAAUGUAAUAUUAAUAAAUUUAUU